AUGGAACAUACUCUCAAAUGCAAUGUUCUCAAGUGUCGGAAAGAGCUCAGUGACCAGGCUUUGGUCACCACGUGCAGCCACAUCUUUUGUGUGGACUGCUCUAAGCGCCAUGGCUUGACAGGCCAAGCUCCGGAUUGCCGCAAGUCGUGCCCGGCUUGUGAAUGCCAGCUCAACAAUCCAGACGACGCCGUAGUGACCAACUUGAAUCUAACCGAGGACUACAAGACCAGCGUUCUCAGCGGGCUGAGCCCCAACAUAAUCAUGGAAUGUGCAGGAAGGGCCCUGAGCUUUUGGGCCUACCAGACAACCCAAGAAGUUAUAUACCAGCGCUAUCUCGAAAGGACACUGACGGAGAAGCUGAAGACCCUGAACGUGAAGUUCGAAAAGACAGUGGGUGAUGCGAAUGCCGACAUUUCGGGUCUCCAGGAGAAGAUACGAGCUCUUUCACAUGACUACGACGACAUGCGACGGAAACACGAAGAGCUUGCGCGUUCCUACCAAGACAAGUGCCGCAAGCUCACACAAGUUCAGGAGCUCUACGACAAGGUCAAGCGGAAGGCCGAGUUGGGACAGAUGGAGGCUGCCGCCUCGGAUGCAGUUGACUCCAACCUCCAUUAUGUCGCAGUCUAA